AUGUCGUACGGUACAUGGUUAUCACCAAUAAAUUCAUCAUUAAUUGUUGAAAGUACAAAAACAUUAUCAGAAAUUCGAAUUGAUGAAAAAGGUAAUGUUUAUUGGAUGGAACUUCGUCCAUCGGAAAAUGGUCGUUAUACAAUUUGUUCAAAUAAACAACAAGAUGAUUUAUUACCAAAAACAUAUAAUGCUCGUACACGUGUUCAUGAAUAUGGUGGUGGAUCGUAUAUUGUUAAAGAUAAUGUACUGUAUUUUUCUAAUUUUGUUGAUCAACAAAUUUAUCGAAUAAAUUUUCAAGAAAAUGAUUCACCAAUACCGAUAACAGAACAAUCAGAAAAUUCAUCAUUACGUUAUGCUGAUUUUACAAUAGAUUCAUAUCGAAAACAAUUAAUUUGUGUACAUGAAUAUCAUCAAGGUGAACAUGAUGUUCAAAAUACAAUUGUUAGUGUAUCAUUAAAUGAUUCAUCAUCAUCAUCAAUGGUGACAUUAGAUUCUGGAUAUGAUUUUUAUUCAUCACCAACAAUAAGUCCAGAUGGACGAUAUUUAGUAUGGAUUUCUUGGAAUCAUCCAAAUAUGCCAUGGGAUCAAACAGAUUUAUGGAUUGGUGAACUUGAUAAUGAAGCAAAUUCAUCAUUAAUAAAUAAGAAAAAAUUAUUUGCAAAAGAGAAUGUAUCAAUUUUACAACCAAAAUGGGCACCCAAUGGAAAAUUUCUUUAUUUUAUUCAUGAUCAAAAUGGUUGGUGGAAUCUUUAUCGUACAACAAGUGAUGGACAAACUAUUGAACAUAUGCAUGAUGAACAAGCAGAUUUUGGUGGGCCAGGAUGGAUGUUUGGUUAUUCAUAUUAUGAUUUUGAUUCAAAUGGAAAUAUAAUUAUUGCAUAUUGGAAAGAUGGAAUAACUAAAUUAGCUAAAAUUGAUGUUGAAACAAAAAAAUUUACUUCAUUAACAGCUACAGAAGAAUAUACGGAUAUUCGUUAUGUACGUGUUCAUAAUCAAAAUGUUUAUUUUGUUGGAUCAUCAGCUAUAAAACCAGGCGCUCUUAUUGAAUAUAAUAUGGAAACAAAUACAAAAAAUAUUUUAUCUCGUUCAACAAAUAUAACAAUUGAUCCACGUUAUUUAUCCGUACCUGAAAUGAUAACAUUUAAAACAGGUGAUAAUGAUAUUGCUUAUGGAAUUUAUUAUCCACCUAAAAAUGAUGAUUAUGAAAUUUCAUCAACAACAACUGAACUUCCACCAUUACUUGUCCGUACUCAUGGCGGCCCAACGUCAGCAACAACAAGUGCUUUUAAUCUUCGUAUACAAUAUUGGACAUCACGUGGUUUUGCAUUACUUGAUGUUAAUUAUCGUGGUUCAACUGGUUAUGGACGUAAAUUUCGUGAUAGUUUGAAAGAUAAUUGGGGUAUAUAUGAUGUACAAGAUUGUAUAGCUGGUGCUGAACAUCUUGUUAAAGAAAAUAAAGUUGAUAAAAAUCGUUUAACAAUUGAUGGUGGUUCAGCUGGUGGAUAUACAACAUUAUGUGCAUUAACAAUGUACAAUUAUUUUUCAGCUGGUGCAUCACAUUAUGGUGUUAGUGAUCUUGAAUUAUUAGCACGUGAUACACAUAAAUUUGAAGCACGUUAUUUAGAUCGAUUAAUUGGUGAAUAUCCUGCAAAGAAAGAUCUUUAUGUUGAACGUUCACCAAUGACACAUGUUAAAAAUUUAUCCAAACCAAUUAUAUUUUUUCAAGGUUCAGAAGAUAAAGUCGUUUUACCAAGUCAAGCAGAAAUUAUGGUUAAUGCAUUACGUGAAAAACAUUUACCGGUUGCAUAUGUUUUAUUCGAUGGUGAACAACAUGGUUUUCGUAAAGCUGAAAAUAUACGUAGAAGUUUAGAUGGACAAUUUUAUUUUUUUUCAAAAAUAUUUAAUUUUCAAAUGGCUGAUGAUGUUGAACCUAUACCGAUUGAAAAUUUAUCAAAGGAUUAA